UCUGCAGUCAGCUGACACGAGUAACGCGGACGAGACAGUCCAGCUGUGAACGCGGAAGUUUUGUGUGGAGGGAUGAAUUAGAGGCUCUGUCUGUUUGUGCUUUCCUGGCCUUUUCUUCGCGGAUAUAGCAGAACAGCAGUAAUGUGGGUCCAUUGAUGAGAAGCGCCUCUGUGUUCGGUUUAGCUGAGUGGUCGAGUCGCCGCCGCUGAGUCCAGCGCUCUUCUGUGACCUGAUUACCUGAUUAGCGCUGACACUUCACACCUGCACGAAGAGAUGGAGUCGCUGGUAGAUGUUUCCCGCCUCCUUGGAGCUUCUAACAGCACCAACAGCUCCUCCACUGACCUCACCUACGGCUUUGUGUCCUGCGCUGUGUCUGUUGUUUUCUAUGGGAGCAACUUCGUCCCAGUGAAGAAGAUCGACACCGGGGAUGGCAUGUUCUUCCAGUGGGUUCUGUGUGCUGCUAUAUGGACUGUGUCUCUGGUGGCAAAUAUAAUCUUGAGGAGCCCAAAAUUCUGGCCUCUGGCAAUGCUGGGGGGAGCCAUUUGGGCCACAGGUAACGUCACAGUGGUUCCAAUAGUGAAGACUAUUGGUCUGGGGCUGGGCCUUUUGAUAUGGGCUUCUUUCAAUCUUCUCAUGGGCUGGGCAAGCUCUCGGUUUGGCUGGUUUGGUAUUGAAGCUGAGAUGGUUGCCAAACCAACUCUUAACUACUGUGGAGCUGGCCUGUGUUUGCUGAGUGCCAUCGUGUUUUUCUUUGUGAAGACCGACGUUCAAAGACCCGCCACAUCUGAAGAAACGCCACUACUAAUAGACAGUAGUGUAAACUCAUCCAGCCAGGGCUCAACAGAUGACUCCUGGGUGGACAUGUUACCACCACUCGCAAAACGGCUGGUCGGGUCUGGACUUGCUGUAGUAGCCGGAAUCCUUUAUGGCUUCUCGUUUGUCCCUGUGCUGUAUAUUAAACAUCAUGCAUCUGAUCCGGGCGGCCCGUUCAGUGGGGCGAGUCAGUUUGAUCUGGAUUAUGUUUUUGCCCAGUUCAGUGGAAUCUUUCUCACCAGCACGGUGUAUUUCGUCAUCUACUGCGCCUUCAAAAAGAACAAACCUCAAGUCUUCCCUAAAGCUGUGCUACCAGGUUUUGUGUCUGGCGUGAUGUGGGGCGUGGCCACAUGCUGCUGGUUUCUGGCCAAUCACUACCUCAGUGCAGUGGUCAGCUUUCCUAUCAUCACCACGGUUCCUGGCCUUAUUGCUGCUAUUUGGGGUGUUGUAGUGUUUAAAGAAGUGAAGGGUCUACGAAAUUAUCUGGUUCUUAUCCUGGCCUUCUGUCUGGUGCUGGCAGGGGCAUUACUGACUGCAUUCUCCAAACUGUAGUUAGAAGUCUUCUCCACAAGGGGGAGGCAAAACACCAAAGCAAAUCGACGGAGAGCGAAUACAGUACUGCCAGUUUUAACUCUCUUUUAAAGAUUUUAAAGAACGAUCGUACCUCUGCCUUAUGCUCCUAGCAAUAUUUUGAUCACUGUGAACGAAACAGGAGUCACAAGUAUAUCUUGACAGAAUCACAACUCCUGAGGCCUUUUAAGAGAAACAUUUUAUUAUAAGGUUAAAAGACAUAGUGAGGCAAGAGGAAGCACUUGAAUCAUAGGCAUUAACCUCUUUGUUCAUAUCAUACAGCAGAGUUUGUUAAAUUGUGGUGAUGUAAUGCAGAACUUGUGCCAGUGCAUUUUGUUUUGUCCAAUAUACUUACACUCUGUUACUCAUUUAUAAUAUAGAACAUAAUUUUUCUAUGAUGUUUACAGCAGGGAAGGACCUCAUUUUCAUGACGUGCUUUUUUGUAAUUGCACUUUAUAAUAACUCAUAAGGAAGCUGAGGUUUUCAUACUAAUGAUGGUUAAGGGAAAGAACAGAAGCUGAGUUUGAAAUUGGUGGCAUUUUACAGAGAAUUUUUUUAUGUAAGCUAAUUGUAAACAUUUCUGUGUUGUUGAUUGCUGUCAUUUGUGUAAGGUUUUAUUAUGGAAUUCUGUUUUUAAAAUUUGCAUCAGGGAAUAAAUAAUUACUUUAAAUUAUA